CUUCCCACGAGCUCCAUGUGGUUCUCGUUGCUGGUUAUCCUGAUCAGUUUAGCCUGCGCUUUCACCACCGAUCACGUGGUUGAGGCAUUUGUGUGGUUGUUUGCGGAGACGAUUAAUCUGCUGGCCGGCAUUAUGACACCUAACAUGGACCAAGGGUUCCGCAAUGCGCAGAAAAAGGCGUGCCGGCGCCUGUUCAAGUCCAAGUACAAGAUCCGCUCGCUGCAAAGCCGGAACCUGGUCGCCGCGGGAAAAAUAGAGGUGCAGUGCUUCGAUAAGACCGGGACUUUGACCCACGGGCACAUGGACUUCUACGGCGUGUGUCGGUUCGUCGGGCCUGACGACGACGAGAAAGGGUCUGCGUCGUCAUGUAAAACACCAGUAGACCACGACGGCGUCAAGGGAAAGAACUUUUCUUUGAAAACCGAGAAAGUCGAUGUGCGGGAAGCAAGUUUCAUCGAAGAUUUGGCGGGGCCAGUACCUGGACAUAGCAUGCCUAGCUUUUCGUUUUCGCAUCCGACCAGAAGCACGACUACACCCGCAAGUACGAUGAAAGUUUUGGGCGAGUCGACUCUGCUGCACGUGGGCCUUGCGUGUUGCCACACCGUAGUGCCAGUGGUGGAGAAGGCCGUGAACGGGGAGGUCACGUAUUUGGGAAACGCACUGGAGUCUGAGAUGGUCAAGCACAUGUGCAAUUUAUAUGAAGUGCAGUAUUCGCAAAUCGAAGAGGGCCAGUAUGACUACUUUUCUACGGCGGGAACUACAACCGUGUGCGAUAAAAGCGCUUCACGGUCUCCAUUACGGCGUGGUAGCAACGGUGGGCAUGCGAUCGCAAGACCUAUUGCAACACCUGCAAGAAGUAGGGCCGGAGCGGAGGCCGGCGCAGGGAAUACUCCAUCGAGAAAAAAGCUUUUCAGUGUCAUUCGACAGUUUGAUUUCGAUCAGGCGACGCAGCUGCAGAGCGUGGUGUGCAAGGUUGGUGAGAAGAACUUUGCCUUCGUGAAGGGCAGCUUCGAGGCGGUGGAGAAAUUGAUUUCGCCGGCGGUACAUCAUAAGAGUAAAAUUGGCGGUGCCGGCACACCCGCGUGCGCGAGCCGCCUCGCCGCGGAAAGCCGUCGGCUCGCCCAACAAGGGUUUUACGUGAUUGCGAUGGCGUGCCGCCCGCUGGAGUGCUUUCGGGCCGCCGCGGGUCUCGCGGGCACGUUGUCCAGGGAAGAAGUUGAAGAUCCGCUUUCGGAUUGGCGGUUUCUCGGCUUCGUUCUUUUUCGCAACGACCUGCGACCGGACUCCAAGGACGCCGUUCUUGCAUUGAAGGACGGCGGAAUCCAGCCGGUGAUUAUCACAGGCGACAAUUGCUGGGCCGCGUCCUAUAUGAACUGCCAAAAUGUCUGGGUCUGGAAACUUGUGAUGCUGAGUGGCGUAGCAUGAGGGGGCCACAAGUGCUAGCUCAGCAUGACAAAUUUCUGAGCUUGUAGGUGUUGCCUAUUCUGCAUGACAAACUGCGCUUCUGCAUCGCAGAAAAACGGAGCUCUUGGGUAACGUGCAUGACAGAUUUAAGAGUCAUGCCAGACAAGCAUGACAAACAUGAACUCUUCCAACCCCAGACAUUUUUGCAUUUCAUAUCCUACGUGGCAAGGGCCAGCGGCUUCGUCGCCGCAGGGAACAAGCAUACGAAUAGUCGUGAAGAUAAUUUCGCGUCAACAUCUUCGCUGUUGAGGACUUCCAGAAACAGAGAUAGCAGUUGUUCCAACGUGGUCAUCGUCACGCUUGAUUUUUCCCCCACUCGGGAACAGCUGACGGUAUACGAAAACGAAAAAGUCGCCUCGGAGUACGAUGCCCCGGCCGGCGCCGUGGAACCCAUCCUGCACGAGCUGUGGCGGCAGUAUUGUGUCAGCACAAAAACUACUGUUUCUGCAAGUCGGGAAACAAAGACUUCGCGCGCGGGGGUCGUGAAGACGACCAGGAUGUCGAACUUGGAGGAGGUAAGCGAAGAGUUCAACACAGAUCAUUCGAUGGUCGUCGGUGAUGAAGGCGACGGUGAUGAUGAUGAAACAGGGGAACAAACCACUUUCCAGUUUGCGUUCACGGAAGCCACUUUUCGGUACCUGCUUGCUUUUCCGCACACUGCGGAGGACUACUUCCACGACAUUGCGACGAGAGCCGUGCUAUCAAAUGUAAAAGUGUCUGGGUCUGGAAGAAUGAAACUUGUGAUGCUGUUUCUGGAUUCUAAGAAAAUUAGUGUUGCAUGACCAGCAAGAACGGUCCAGUUUGUGCUACGUGGAGAGGGCAUUUCUCAUGCGGAAGGCACAUCAGGAAGCCCUCUAAAAGUCUGUGAUGCUAGGUCAUGCAUUACAGGCAUCAGGGGUCAUAAGAAAUAUGCAUGACAAGUCUUGCAUUCUUCCUGACCCAGACAUUUUUGCAUUUGAUACGUGAUCUGGUCGCGCAUGACGCCGGUGGGCAAGAUAGACGUGAUCAAAGGUUGGCAAAUGAAUAUCAAAAUGAAAAAUCCCCCCUCCCCAUAUUGAAAAGCUAUGCUUCGGAAAAUUUGCGUUGCUGAUUUGAGCUCACAAAUCGCAUGUGUCUUGCAAGACGACAAGGGCAGAAGCGUCCGCCCCAUUAGGGAAGCGAUUUGCCAUGCUGUUCGGCUUACAGGGGAGCCGUUUGCCAUGCUGAGCAACUAGAUCCCUACGCCCCCACCUAGCCUUGGGAUCUGGCCGCAGUGCCUUCCUGCAAUACAGAGCUGAUUUGUGUACCCAAAUCCAGCAUCAGAAAUUUCGUUUUGAUAUGGGGAGGGGGGAUUUUUCCUUGCAAUAAUGAACUUUCGUAAUUUGGUGCCGCCGGAAACUGCACCGGAGGGAGUGGGCGGUUACAAUUACGGCUCGGAAAACAAAGCAGCGUCAGCAGGAUGGCCGUUGACCUGGCUCUUUUCCUGCUUUACUCCAAGAAAGAACACGAGCUCCUCGUCUGCGAUAGGCACAACCGCUCCGCAGCACAGAAUCGUCGGUAUGUGUGGUGACGGGGGGAAUGAUUGCGGCGCGUUGAAGCAAGCGCACUUUGGGCUCGCGCUGUCCGAGUCAAACGCUUGUCUGGUCGCACCGUUUUCCUCUCCCGCCGAGUCGGUGGGCGCUGUCGUGGAAGUGAUUACGGAGGGGAGGGUGUGCGUGGAAAACUGCGUCUCCAUUUUCCAGUACUACAUCGCGCACGCGUUGACACACACCAUCACAAAGCCGAUCCUGCAGUACUGGAACAGCUACAUCUCGGAGUACGCGCUGCUCUGGAAAGAUUUGAUUGUGCUUCCCUUUAUGGGCCUGGUGGCACUACCAAGUGGCGCGCCGAAGGAGAUG